AUGAUUUACCAACUCGCAAGUGGACUUACAGUGGCAUUGAAGAGGUUACUGACCAAUCCAACACUAAUGCUUCUAAACUUAACUGUUUCGUGUGAUUUAGCCAUUGUUGGUGGAUUUACGUUCUUUGUCGCUAAAUAUGUAGAGAUCCAAUAUGCAGUCACCGCAGCAACGGCGUCCAUCGUCAUUGGUGGAAUAAACUUACCAGGAACUGUGUUUAGUAACAUACUGAGUAGCUUCUGCAUUAAGAAGUUCGAUUUAAACCAGUUUGGGCUUGGAAAAAUGAUGGCGUUCUUUUCCUUUUGUUCCUUUUUAUUUGCUAUUCCUCUUUUAUUUAUGGGGUGUUCUAAUCCAGCGAUUGCUGGUGUUACAACACAUUACAAUUCUUCGUUUAGCCAAGGGUCCUUACCAAACUUAAACAAUUCCUGCAAUUGUAACUGCGCAUGUCCAGACAAUGUUUACAAACCUGUGUGUGGUUCUGACGGUAUCACGUACAGUAGUGCGUGCCAUGCUGGAUGUACGGAUGUAUGGAGAGAAGGUAUGGAGAAUGUGGAUGAAUUAGGCCUAUCAAACAACGAUACGAUUUAUAUUAGGUGCCGCUGUAUAGCCACUAAUGACCACUGGGAAACUACAGACGAAGGCGGAAUUGGCACCGAAGGGCCAUGUGACUGGACCUGUAAAAAACUACUUCAGUUUGCAUUGGUUGUGGCUAUAAUAACUGUGUUUUCCUCAAUGAAACCGAACCCGGGAACCAUGCUGAUGUUAAGAUGUGUUGACUCAUGUGACCGCGCGCUUGCAAUUGCCUUCUGCGGCGUUGUAAUGAGAGUACUUGGCUUCUUUCCUGCUCCUAUAUACUUUGGCGCUAUGAUUUCCAACACGUGUUUGAUUCGUCAGGAAUCGUGUAGUCGUGAAGGAGCGUGUCUCGUCUACGAUCUUGAGCGAUAUCGCUACUCAUUCAUCGGUCUUUUCCUUGGGUUGAAACUAUUAGCAGCUGUACUCUCAACGUGUACAUAUUAUAGCAUAAACCCAGAUCGUUUGGAGAAAAACAAAUCAGAGACACUGCCUAUGGAACCCUUAAAGGAAAACAAACGGUCGAAAAGCCCAUAAAAAAGGGUUUACACUGGAUUAUUAAAAUAAAACGAAAAUCAUAACUAAAAUAAAACAAAAAUAUUACACAUCGCAUAACUGCAGAUGCUUCAGUCUCAAGCAUGGAAUCGAAUGCUCUCCAAUCACCACAGUGUUUACGCGUAAAUUUUAUUGUGUCACUGUUAUAUAAAACAUAGAACGCAUUUAUUGACUUGUUUUGAAGUUUUUUAAAUUUCAUAUUUACUUGGACGCAUUGUUUUUGUAUGUUAAUAUCAUAUUAAGAUAAAGAUUUUUAGUGAUUCAUUAUAUAACCUUUAUUGCAAUCUCAACGAGAUUGUAGAAAUACAAUACUUUGUAAAGAAUAACAUGUAGGCCUAAUACUGUAUUAAUAUAUUUAAUAGUAAUAGCCUGAAAUAAAAAAGGUGUAAUACAAUUGUUGAGGGCUAUAGCCAUACAUUUGUACAGACAAUUUGUGCUUUAUUGACUUGACCUUAUCUACUUGUAGCUGUUGUGAAUAUAUAAUUUUUAUAAUUUUAUUUAUUAAUUUUUAUAUUUAUUUAUUACUUUUUUUAAAAUUUGGUAUAAAAAUGCUCAAAUACAAUUCACGCUUUAAGUGAAGAGUUUAAAACAAAGAGUACAUAUUACAAUAUUCAUAAAACAGAAUCAUUUAACAAAUGCCAGAUAAAUUUACGUUCUGUUCGGGUCGUUCUGUUUUUAAAAGAGAGAUACAAUGUACCGUACAAUAAGACGGGCAAAAUAAUUAAGUUUCUGAAACGUUUGACAAAGUAGACGGAAUGUCAUGUAGUGAUUUACUGAAAUCAAUUUUAAUGUUAAUAAAGGCAUAAACAAAUGAUUGGACAGGAAGAAACGAUGAAUGGACGGAUAAUAGACAGAUAGAAUUUUUCGCAAAUGGUAGUAAAAAGAUGUACAGACAAAAUAAUCCUUUAGGACUAUGGAUAAAAUAAUUCUUUUCGACAUAUUCAAUUCUGUUUACACAGAAUAUAUUUUUCCAUUCAGAAUCUGUUCUAUAUAUAAAUUUUCCACAGAAAAA